AUGUCGAAGACACGCGACCCAUCUUCCUAUAGCGAGUCCAGCCUUGAGAAUGGUACGCAGCCUUCUGAUCGAGAUGAGUCGGAAACAGAUACCACGGAAGAUGCGAGUCCGGCUGUCACCUCGGCCCCCAAGAAGCAGGGUACCAAAGCUUGGUUGGCGUUAGCUGGCGGUGUCCUGGGCAUGUUUGCUUCCUUUGGUUGGGUCAACUGUGUUGCCGUUUUCCAGGCCGAAUAUGAGCUGAACCAACUUCGGGAUUAUUCGAUUUUCUUCAUGAUCGGGAUGUCACCCGUAGCUGGACGACUGUAUGAUGGCUAUGGACCACGUCUUCCGAUCAUGAUCGGCAGCUUUUUGCACGUCUUCGGCCUCAUGAUGACCAGUCUGUCAACGAAAUACUAUCAAUUCAUCUUGAGUCAGUCUGUGUGUUCUGGGUUUGGAGCGUCGUUAAUCAUCACUCCAUCCAUGACCGCCCCGAUGACCUACCUCCACGAUCGCCGCGCACUGGCUGGUGGAUUGGCCAUCGCCGGCUCCUCUUUGGGUGGUGUCAUUUCCCCAUUCAUGGUGAACCACCUACCAUCCGACAUUGGAUUUGCCUGGACCAUGCGUACCUGCGCAUUUCUAAUCCUCGGUCUGCUCCUCAUCACCUGGACGUUGAUUUCGUCAAAUGUCACACACACACCAAAGAAGUUCAAGCUUAGUGACUAUCUGAACCCGUUACGGGAAUAUAACUUCCAGCUCAUGUGCAUAGGUAGCUUCUUCGCGUAUUGGGGCAUGUUUGUUCCGUACGUUUACAUGGUGAUAUCCUCAAUCCACUAUGGCAUGUCGGUCCAGAUGGGAUACAAUCUCAUUCCCAUUCAAAAUGGCGUUAGUUUGUUCGGCCGAACCAUCCCCCAAAUCUGGGCACGCAAAUACGGGCAAUUUAACGUCUUGAUCAUCGCCAUGAUCGCAUCCCUUAUCGUCGUACUCGGUUCAUGGCUUCCCUCGCGCGGCAAUGCCACUCUCAUCGUCUUCACCAUCCUUUUUGGCUUUACUUCGGGUACAACUAUUGGACUGGGGCCCAUGAUUGCGAUGUCCUUGUCCCCGCCCGCUGAGGUGGGAUAUCGGACGGGCACCGUCUUCGCAGUGGCUGGUCUGGGUGCCUUGACCAGUCCCCCGAUUGCCGGCGCCCCGAUCGCCCGGAACGGGGGCGACUAUGUGUAUGCAGCUGUCUUCAGCGGAGCAGCGUAUGCGGUGUCGACCGUGGUGAUGAUCAUACUACGUGCGCGAAUUGGAGAAUGGGGUCUGACUACCAACGUAUAG